AAAAAAAAAAAAGAAUUUUGCUUUGUUUCUAGGUGUAAAACAAAGGUAUAUCCAGAUAAUCUUCCUACAACAAGUGUGGUGAUUGUUUUCCACAAUGAAGCAUGGAGCACACUUCUGCGAACUGUCCAUAGUGUCAUUAAUCGCUCACCAAGGCACAUGAUAGAAGAGAUUGUUCUUGUAGAUGAUGCCAGUGAAAGAGACUUUUUGAAAAGACCUCUAGAGAGUUAUGUGAAAAAACUCAAAGUUCCAGUUCAUGUAAUUCGAAUGGAACAGCGUUCUGGAUUGAUUAGAGCGAGGUUAAAAGGAGCUGCUGUGUCCAAAGGCCAAGUGAUCACCUUCUUGGAUGCUCACUGUGAGUGUACAGCAGGGUGGCUGGAGCCUCUCUUAGCCAGAAUCAAACAUGACAGGAGAACAGUGGUAUGUCCUAUCAUUGAUGUAAUCAGCGAUGACACUUUUGAGUACAUGGCAGGCUCUGAUAUGACUUACGGUGGAUUCAACUGGAAGCUCAACUUUCGCUGGUAUCCUGUUCCCCAAAGAGAAAUGGACAGAAGAAAAGGUGAUCGGACUCUCCCUGUGAGAACACCUACAAUGGCAGGAGGCCUUUUUUCAAUAGACAGAGAUUACUUUCAGGAAAUUGGAACAUACGAUGCUGGAAUGGAUAUUUGGGGAGGAGAAAACCUAGAAAUUUCCUUUAGGAUUUGGCAGUGUGGAGGGACUUUGGAAAUUGUUACCUGCUCACACGUUGGACAUGUGUUUCGGAAAGCUACGCCUUACACGUUUCCAGGAGGGACAGGGCAGAUUAUCAAUAAAAACAAUAGACGGCUUGCAGAAGUGUGGAUGGAUGAAUUCAAGAAUUUCUUCUACAUAAUUUCUCCAGGUUGGUUUAUUUUGCAUUAGAAAUACAAGACUGUACCUUCCUUGUCCCUGAUCCUAAUGCUUUCCAAGGAGAGUUAGGAAGGUGGAA